CUGCGGGGGCAGGGCGCGGCGCGGGGUUCGGCCGAACGUCUUCUGUUUUGUGCGGUUUCCGAGCCCGCGCCGCGCCCCUUCUGCUUGACUUUGAACUCGGCUCGAUGCCGGUGCGAGAAAGUCGCGCGACGACCAGUUUCAGUUUCAUUUUCGCUUUUCGAUAGAUCAGUUCUGCGUUGCGGAGUUGAAGGUCGGCUCUUCUGGCCGAGACUGUUUUCUGCGCUGCAGUUUUGGAGGUCUUUUGUUACCGGCGCUCUGUGUAGUGCGUAUCGUAGUGUAAUUGUGUGCAGUUGGAGCUAUUUGUUUUGCUUUUCCUCCCGGUCUGCGGAAAUCCUCUGACUCAAUUCCGCUCUGCGAAUGCAAGGCGUCUGCUGUGCGGGUGUUGCCGAAGUGAGACGUUGCAAACUCCCCGCGCGGGCAAGUGGCUUCUUCUUGACGUGCAAGUGCAUUGCGAGUGCAGGACGGGUGAAGGUGCGAAAGUGUCUGGAGCCAGACUCUGAACAAAAGUGAAAUUGCAAGUGGCUUCGCGGUGAAUAGACGAACGUGAGCUUUUUUUUGGUGAUUAAUAGUUUCGAGGGAUUUUGCUGGUGCAUUUUGUGCUAACUGUUAGCCUGCCCGCGGCGGUCGCCUAAAACGACUCAAAAAUUUUCAUGAAGUGAGGCCCAGCCAACGCUGUGCUUGUCGGCUGGAUCGAUUAGGGAAGGGCUGAGAUUGCCAGGACUAUUGAGAAAGAUUGGAAGCGCAUUGGUAGUCCAGUGGACGAUGGUGCAUACGUUUGGUAAUUGUUGACGGGAAUUGAACUUGUGCUCCGCAGUGUCGAGUUAGCGAGAACGUGUGCCACGUUUGUGUUUUCGUUUUCCGGGUUUUUGUUCAACAGCCAGAAAAAACAGCGAAAAUAGCUGCCUUAACGACACUCCAUCCGCUGCUCCUUAUGGCGCCGCGUAGGAACAACAACCCGCUUUCGAGCGCCAUGGACGUUCAUAAUCUGCUGGGACUCGGGAGUCACGAUCACGGCUUCGACGGGUCGCCUAUUUCCUGCGCUAGUGGACCCACGUCAGGAUCAGCCAACAUACUAUCGCCUCUGGCCAGACUGAGUGAGAAUUUCGUAAGAUGUUGCGUCCCGAACGGGGAUUGUUUGAAGUCGAGCAGCGAGUACGGCCUGAUUAAUUUGGAGGACUUGAGUGACUGCGUGCGUGUUAUCUGCAACAACGAAAACUGUACAGCGGGUCAGUAUAUGCACCGAGAGUGCUUCGAGGCCUGGGAGCAAGUGGUCUUGACAUCGCUCAAACUCACGGGGCGAGGCCGAUCAUGGUCUGAUCGGCAGCGGGCUCAGAAUCUGUGGACCAAGAAGGGCUACGAUUUGGUAUUCAAGGCUUGCGGCUGCAAAUGUGGCCGAGGCCACCUUCGCAAGGAUUUGGAUUGGACACCUCCGCUCAAUAACAAUGUUUUCGGCAGACUUGACGAAGAAGCAACCAAAAAGAAGAAGAAGCGGAACCGUAACAACCAGAAGCCCACGCUGGCCAUAUCCUCAGCAAAUGCGGGAGGUUACCACCCAAAGAGCCAAGUAAACAAUAACGGCUCAAUUAUAUCCUCGAUGGAUCUUCGGGCGCGAGCCGGCAGCUUGUCGUCGAGUAAUGGGUCCACCUCACCACCUGUUUCGGGGUCCAGCGAGCCCAGUUUAUCUCCCAUCCACAGUGGCAGCACCGGGAAGAAACAACCGUCGCCUUCACAGCACUUGCAUCAGGUAGAACAAAAGUCCAAGGUGGAACUUUAUUCAGAACGUGUUCGUUCAACAUCAGGUUGCAAUGGCAUUUUUUCACGUCGGUUGGAUUUUUCGUCAUUCAAUUUGCUCCCAGCUACACGACUCAAUUCGUAUCAAGUCAAGAUGGAGGACGAAGGAAAUCAUGGAAAUGAUGAAACUCGACUUUUCAUCUUAUCGUCUUUAGCCCAAAACCAAAAGAGUCGUGUUUCGUGCAUACUCUGUGAAGAAGCAAUGCUUGUAUUUGAUCGCUAUCCACUUGUGGACGGCACAUUUUUUUUGAGCCCAAAACAACACGCAGCUGGGUGUAUUGAGGUGAAAUACGAUGAACACACUCAAUACCUGACUGCUGUCUGCAUGGGAUGCCUCGAUGGAGGUGCAAAUCGAGCAGUUUUUUGCAGAUUUUGUGGAGUAAAAUGGAAUGGUUCCUCGUUGGUUUUGGGUACCAUGUACUCCUACGAUAUUUUUGCCGCUAUGCCAUGUUGCACUGAGAGACUGAAGUGCAACACAUGCUUCAAAUUACUACUGCAUCCCCAUCAACGAUUGAAUUUCUUCAGCGACUAUAGUCAUGUUGUAACUUGCCCAUAUUGCACAACUCAGGAUGCUCAUUUCGUGAAGCCCUUAUCAUAUUGCUUCACAAAACAAUUAAUGAAAGUGGGGCAGCUGCCAUAACAUGAGGAUUUGUUGGGAUCUCUUAAGCA